AAAAAAUUUAAAUAAAUAAUCAUUUUAUUUAUUAUAUAAUUGUUUUAGUUUAAAAAGUAAUAAUUCAGUGAUUUUAUUGACUUGUCGUUGGGUUCGAUGGAUUGUAGCCGAUUCUGUUGUGUAUUUCCGUUUUCGUUUUGGGGCCACCGGUCUCAAAGAAAACCGAGCAACUCUUCGAGAUGCACUUUUCCAACUUUUCUUGUCUCACCUUAAAAAUUCUCAUAAAGAAUUCAAAAGGAGUAUUCCAUCAAGCAAUCAGAAUGAGUUCAGCAACGUUACAGCAAAGCGUUUGGGAAAACGAUCCCGAACUGUACGAAAUGAUCAAGUCUGAAAAAAAACGUCAACUGAGAGGCCUGGAACUGAUCGCGUCUGAGAAUUUUACAUCUACCGCAGUAUUAAAUUGUCUGGGUUCCUGUUUGACAAACAAGUACGCAGAAGGGUAUCCUGGAACCCGAUUUUACGGUGGUACCAAAUUCGUUGACCAAGUUGAGACACUUUGCCAAAACAGAGCUCUUUCCGCGUACAGAUUAUCUCCGGAUGAAUGGGGCGUUAAUGUACAACCUUUGUCUGGUUCACCUGCUAAUUUUGCUGUAUACACAGGUGUUGUGGAACCUCAUGGUAGAAUCAUGGGUCUGGAUCUACCAGACGGCGGUCACUUGACACACGGUUUCUUCACUCAAAACAAAAAAAUCUCAGCAACUUCGAUUUUCUUUGAAUCGAUGCCCUACAAAGUAAACCAAGAAUCGGGCUUGUUGGACUAUGAAGCCCUUCACAAAACGGCACGCCUCUUCAAACCCAAACUCAUCAUCGCUGGAGUCACCUGCUAUUCCAGAGUCUUGGACUACAAGAAAUUCAGGGAAAUUUGCGACGAUGUCGGUGCUAUUUUGAUGGCCGAUAUGGCUCAUAUUUCUGGGUUGGUCGUUGCUGGCGUAACUGCUGACCCGUUUGAGUAUUGCGACAUUGUUACUACCACGACUCAUAAAAGUCUCAGAGGUCCUAGGGCUGGGUUAAUUUUCUUCAGGAAAGGUUCAAAGGUUAAUGAGAAAGGCGAAAAAGUACAUUACGAUUUUGAGAGUAAGAUUAAUGGAGCAGUAUUUCCAGGAUUACAAGGUGGUCCUCAUGAAAACUGUAUAGCAGCCAUUGCCACUGCCCUCAAACAAGCCAGCACUCCUGAAUUUAAAGAAUACGCCACACAAAUUAUACGCAACGCUAAAAGAUUAGGAGAAGGCCUACAAGCAAAGGGCUACAAAGUUGUCACUGGAGGUACUGACGUUCACAUGUUGCUCAUAGAUUUACGUUCAGCUAAAAUAACUGGUGCCAAAGCUGAAUACAUCCUAGAAGAAUGUUCAAUUGCUUGCAAUAAAAAUACAGUUCCUGGUGAUAAGAGCGCCCUAAAUCCGAGCGGGCUUCGUUUGGGAACUCCUGCUCUAACCACUCGUGGAUUUAAAGAGUCUGAUAUUGAUCAAGUAGUUGAUUAUAUUGAUCAGGCCAUCAAGCUUGGUAGAGAGAUUGGUGUGAAAUCUGGACCGAAACUGGUUGACUUCAAAAAGGCGGUACACGAUGCAGAGUUUAAGGACAAAGUUGAGAGUAUCAGGAAUCAAGUGGAGGCUUUUAGUGAAAAAUUCACUAUGCCUGGAUUUGAGUGUUAUUGAGUCAAAAUUCUGGUGAACAUUCUGUGAAUGUUUUUCCUAUAUAAAUUGCAUUUGUUUAUUUUGAAUCUCCAGUUUCUUCUAUACAAAAUGAGGUCUAUUCAAAUCCAUUUACUUUUGUCUAUUGUUAUUCCAUUAUUUAUCUUUUUUUUUUUCUGCAAAUUUUAAAUUUUUAUUGUAUAUUUGGUAAUGUAAUAAACCGAUGAUAGUAUGAA